GUGGGUCCGGCCAGGGAGGAUGGGCGGGGACAGAGGUGGAUGUGUACAUCAGUGUUCCGCGGCUUCCCUCGCCACGACCGCCCCCGACGGGUGGAGGAGGGCCCGCGUCCCCAUCCUCCAUCCCAGCCUCGGCCGGCGACCCGCCGUCUCCCAGCAGAGACAGACCCGGAUCCAAGCGUAAAGGGAACGGCGUUUUGUUUUCCGGGCUAGGAUGAAGUGCCUCUGGGACCGGGGAGAGGCAGUCUGCUGCGUGCCCGCCUGGGCGCGCCCGUCCUCCUUGUGCUCCCCACCAGGGAAUGUCUGGGGCUAAUGUCAGCGUUCCCCAAUUGUCCGCAUUUGCUUUCCUUCUGUUGAGGGUGUUUUGUUUUGUUUUUUUACCCGAGUCUUUAAGAGACCCUAAAAUGUAAAAUGAGGAAGACCCACGAGGUUAUCAAGCUCACGGUUUUUUGGUAUUUUUAAAGGAGUCAAGUUUGCUAAGCCUCGUGAAUGUUUGCAGAUCGUUUGCUCACCCCCAAGCCCAUCACCAAUACUGGUGGUGAUAGUGUUCGAAACCUAGUGAAAAAAGUGAUUUGGACGCAGUAGGAAAAGAUUACAUCUACUUCACUGUUUUCCUUGCAGUUUCUGAACGUUCUGAUUUUUAAAUGUCUGAUUUCAGACUUCAGGUGGAUUUUUCGGUUGUGCAAGUAACGUAUCUUGGAACGUGUGAUUCCCCCUUCCCCAGCUUGAAAACGUUAACCCAGAUGUCAAAGACUGAGAGGCCUUUUCCUUCAUCUUAAAAGACCAGAGACAGAUGGGAUUUUCAGAAGAUCACGAAACAUGAAGAGAAAUGAGCAAAGAAAAUGUAAUAGUUGGAAGGUGAAGUUCAGCAACACAAGUGGUGACAGAACAUGCGACGACUUUGGAUUUAGCGAAUUGUCUUCCUGAAUACUCACAUGAGGUGUUAGCAUCGCACUACAAGGUUACUUUUACAUGCUGCUAUUAAAUUUUUCUACUCUGCAGAAUAGCAAAAACUGGUCUAAAAUAUCUAGGAUAAAAAGGACGAUCCUGCAGACAGACCCUGUUUGGAUCAAGUGAACCAGUUCUUUGAACCUGAACAAGGCAUACCGAAGUUGGUCUCCCCACGACACCCAGGAGAUGGAAGGCAUAGUGAUAGUGAAAGUGGAGGAGGAAGAUAAAGAUGAGGAAGACCAUUUCCAAAGAGAAAGAAAUAGCACAGAAUCAUCCCCACCGUUUCUUAGUCAGUCCACAACCAUGAAUGAGAGGGCCUUAUUAUCAUCAUACUUGGUGGCCUAUCGAGUAGCGAAAGAAAAAAUGGCUCACACAGCUGCUGAAAAAAUUAUUCUUCCAGCAUGUAUGGAUAUGGUACGGACAAUUUUUGAUGAUAAAUCAGCUGACAAAUUAAGAACCAUACCCCUUAGUGACAAUACGAUAUCUCGUCGAAUCUGUACGAUCGCAAAACAUUUAGAGGCAAUGCUUAUUGCGCGGCUGCAGUCCGGGAUAGAUUUUGCAAUCCAGCUUGACGAGAGCACCGAUAUUGCCAGUUGUCCAACACUCCUGGUUUACGUCAGGUACGUGUGGCAAGAUGAUUUUAUAGAGGACCUGUUGUGUUGUUUAAGUUUAAAUUCGCACAUAACUGGAUUAGAUUUAUUUACUGAAUUAGAAAAGUGCAUUGUUGGUCAAUAUAAAUUAAACUGGAAAAACUGUAAAGGAAUUUCGAGUGAUGGAGCAGCAAAUAUGACUGGAAAACAUAGCAGGGUUAUUGAAAAAUUGUUAGAAGUAACACAUAGCAGCGCUCUUUGGAAUCACUGUUUUAUUCAUCGGGAAGCUUUGGUGUCCAAGGAAAUUCCACCAAGUCUAAUGGAUGUAUUGAAAAAUGUAGUGAAAAUUGUGAAUUUUAUUAAAGGAAGCUCACUGAACGGUCAACUUCUUGAAAUAUUUUGUUCAGAGAUUGGAGUUAACCAUACCCACUUACUGUUUCAUACAGAAGUUCGUUGGUUGUCUCAAGGAAAAGUACUGAGCAGAGUAUAUGAACUCAGGAAUGAGAUUUACACUUUUCUCACUGAAAAGCAAUCUCAUUUGGCAAAUAUUUUUGAAGAUGACAUUUGGGUAACAAAAUUGGCAUAUUUAAGUGAUGUUUUUGGCAUUCUUAAUGAAUUAAGUUUGAAAGUACAGGGGAAAAACGAUGUAUUUCAAUAUCUUGAACGUAUUCUAGGAUUCCAGAAGACAUUAUUGUUGUGGCAAGCAAGACUUAAAAGUAAUCGUCCCAGCUACUAUAUGUUCCCAACUUUGUUGCAACACAUUGAAGAGAACAUUAUUAAUGAAGACCGCUUAAAAGAAAUAAAAUCAGAGAUACUGAUGCAUCUCACUUCUUUGUCUCAAACCUUUCAUCAUUACUUUCCAGAAGAGAAAUUUGAAUCAUUAAAGGAAAAUAUUUGGGUAAAAGAUCCAUUUGUUUUUCAAGCCCCAGAAUCAAUCAUUGAGUUAAACUUGGAGCCCGAAGAAGAGAAUGAAUUAUUACAGCUCAGUUCAUCAUUCACACUAAGGAAUUAUUAUAAGACAUUGAGUUUAUCAGCAUUUUGGAUUAAGAUUAAAGAUGAAUUUCCAUUGCUAAGUAGAAAGAGUAUAUUGUUGUUAUUACCAUUCACAACUACCUAUUUGUGUGAACUAGGAUUUUCAAUCUUGACACAAUUAAAAACAAAGAAAAGAAAUAGGCUCAACAGUGCACCUGACAUGCGUGUAGCCUUAUCCUCCUGUGUUCCUGACUGGAAUGAACUUAUGAACAGGCAAGCACACCCCUCACAUUAAAUCCAGUCUCUAUGAAAUUUUGGUUUUGUACUUUUUAAGGGUUUUUUUUUUAGUAGAUUGUAUUUAAAAUAUUAAUAAAACUGUAUUUGGAAUUUA